CUUUUUUAGAUGCCCUUUAUUAUUGUUUUUAUUGAUUUAUUUGUAUACUUAUUCAGAUAUAUAUGAUACAUUAAUCUCAUUUUGACAGGUUUUCUCUUUAGAAUAUUUUUAAAGCGUCUCUGUCUCUUUAAAAGCAGUCCCCCCCCGCAUAUUUACAUUUCGCGAGAUUUCCCAAGGCCUCGCGAGACUUGGCGUGACCCCCGUUUGCGAGACGCGCGUUUCCCCCGCAGAGGAGCACGCACAGACGCCCCCGACGCCCCCCAAACAUACGCACUUUCCGCGCUCGCUCUGCUCUUGACGCUCGGCGGUUGGUUGACGCGGAGCGACGAUGUGGAUCCAGAUCCGGACGAUCGACGGCAAAGAGACGCGGACGGUGGAGGAUCUGUCGCGCCUCACGAAGAUCGAGUCGCUGCGCGUCAAGAUCCGCGACAUCUUCCACGUCAAUCCCGAGCAGCAGAGGCUCUUCUACCGAGGAAAGCAGAUGGAAGAUGGUCAGACGCUCUUCGAUUACAACGUUGGUCUUAACGACAUCGUCCAGCUUCUCAUCCGCUCACAGACGGACCCCCCGGAUAGCCCCUCCCUCAACAACGGUGAGGGUGUGGCCUGUGCCGUAGCCCCGCCCACCACAGCAUCUGUCCCCGCCUCAGCCACACCCACCACAACAGUCGUUUCCCCGGCAACCAUCGCCAACAGCAACGGAAACGGGUCCAAACCCUGUAGUCCGGUGUCUGACAGCGAGCCGUCCACAUCCAGCCGGACGCUCCUCAUCGAUCCCGGGAUCGGACUCUUCAAAAUGUUCGAUUACAACGUUGGUCUUAACGACAUCGUCCAGCUUCUCAUCCGCUCACAGACGGACCCCCCGGAUAGCCCCUCCCUGAACAACGGUGAGGGUGUGGCCUGUGCCGUAGCCCCGCCCACCACAGCAUCUGUCCCCGCCUCAGCCACACCCACCACAACAGUCGUUUCCCCGGCAACCAUCGCCAACAGCAACGGAAACGGGUCCAAACCCUGUAGUCCGGUGUCUGACAGCGAGCCGUCCACAUCCAGCCGGACGCUCCUCAUCGAUCCCGGGAUCGGACUCUUCAAAGUGAAUGAGUUAGUGGACUGCAGGGACGUCAGCAUCGGCGCCUGGUUCGAAGGCGUGAUUGAGAAGGUCUCUCCUGCAUCUAAAGCACAGAACAGCAGAGCUAGGGUCGGCCGGCCCAGCAAACGCACUAACAACAAGCUGGAGCCGGAGACGAGCGCCGCCCCUUCAUCAUCAUCAUCCAGCACAGCGCUAAACUCAGACGGCAGCGAACCGUCAACGUCCAAAACGGAUCCAGCGCACGUCUCCUACCACAUUAAAUAUGAAGAUUAUCCGGAGAACGGCGUGGUGGAGAUGAGCGCGGGUGACGUUCGUCCGAGGGCCAGGACUCUGCUGAGCUUCGACCAGCUGCAGGUGGGUGACCUGGUGAUGGUUAACUAUAACCUGGAGAAUCCCGAGGAGCGAGGCUUCUGGUACGACGCCAAGAUCACGGCCCUCAACGCCGUCUCACGCACCAACAAAGAGAUCCGCGUCAGGAUUCUGCUGGGAGGACCAGGUGAUGUGAUUGGUGACUGUAAGCUGCAGUUUCUGGAUGAGAUUUACAGGAUAGAGAAACCUGGAGCGCCGGGGCUGUCUGCAGCAGACGGCCCAUUCAAACGUAAGUCGGGUCCGGAGUGUAAGCACUGUAAAGCGGAUCCGGACGCUGAGUGUCGUUUCUGCUCGUGUUGUGUGUGUGGAGGGAAGCAGGACGCUCACAUGCAGCUGCUGUGUGACGAGUGUAACAUGGCCUUCCACAUCUACUGCCUGACCCCGCCGCUGACCUCCAUCCCCGAGGACGAGGACUGGUACUGCCCCACCUGUAAGAAUGACAGCAGCGAGGUGGUCAAAGCCGGAGAGAAACUCAGAACCAGCAAGAAGAAAUCCAAGAUGCCGUCAGCGACCACAGAGAGCCAGAGAGACUGGGGCAAGGGUAUGGCGUGUGUGGGCCGCACUAAAGAGUGCACAAUCGUCCCCUCCAAUCACUACGGCCCCGUUCCCGGCGUUCCCGUGGGAACCACCUGGAAGUUCCGUGUUCAGGUGAGGAGAUCUGCUCCGGAGCGGCUCAGUGUCGGUGGGAUUCAUGGACGCAGUAACGACGGCUCGUACUCGCUGGUGCUCGCUGGAGGAUUCGAGGAUGAAGUUGACCGGGGUGAUGAGUUCACCUACACCGGCAGCGGAGGUCGCGACCUUUCAGGAAACAAGCGUAUCGGCGAACACUCGUUCGAUCAGACGCUCACACACAUGAACAGGGCUCUGGCACUCAACUGUGACGCGCCUCUGAAUGACAAGGACGGGGCGGAGUCUCGCAACUGGAGGGCGGGAAAACCAGUGAGAGUGAUUCGCAGCUCGAAGGGCCGACGGAUCAGCAAAUACGCACCGGAGGAGGGAAACCGCUACGACGGCAUUUAUAAGGUGGUGAAGUACUGGCCGGAGAUCGGGAAGUGUGGCUUCCUGGUGUGGAGAUACCUGCUGCGGCGGGACGAUGUGGAGCCGGCACCCUGGACUCCGGAAGGGAUCGAGCGCAGCAAGAAACUCGGCCUGAAAGUCCAGUAUCCCCCCGGUUAUCUGGAGGCCAUGGCCAAUAAGACGAAGCGCGAGGCGACGGUGCGAUCGGUGGGCGGCUCGACGCGUGGCAGGAAGAGAGGACGACCCCGAACCACACGACCGUCCAAGAACUUCCUGCGUAAGGUGGAGCAGCUGUUCAUGUGUGUUUGCUGUCAGGAGCUGUCCUUCCAGCCCGUCACCACCGAGUGUUCACACAACGUCUGCAAGGAACUGCAGAUGUACGAUGUUUAUCUGCUCGUCUGUGACGUGUGUCAUUCCCACAGCGAUAUCCCGUCUUUGAUUUCCAGUGCUGGCUUUCCUCUCGUCUGUGAGCGAGGCCCUCAGCAUCACGGCAGGAGAAUGAAGCUUAAUUCGGACACAUGUGAGAGCGCACACGCAUGUGCACCCACAUCACAUGCCUCCCCGGACAUGAACCCGAACCACCGCUUGACCUUGACCUCCUGCAACGGUUCGACUGACCAAUCAGGGCUGGAGAAUCUCACGGCAUACUUGGACGACGGGGACGAUCUCACGCCCGAGAUCCAGCAGGCCUUCAGAAUAUUUCAGAGCUUCCUCUCAGAGAAGCAUAAGUCCAUCACGGCGUUCGUGUCAGAUUUCAGACUGAUGCUAGAGAACUGUUACCGCUUUCACGGCGUCGAUCACUGGAUCUCCAAACAGGCCCAGAAACUGGAGAUCAUUCUAGAACAAAAGCUGACCUUGUUGUCCAGGUGA